AUGUUAAAUAAAUUUCCCCUCAGCUGUGUAUGUCAGGCUAUUUUCCACGCAAAAAAAAACAUACAAAAAAACGAGUUAAUAUUCCAGUUCAUGGUGAAAUGAGGGUUUAAUAUAUUAGAGAGAUAAAAAUAAAAGUGAUGUUUCAUAUUUUGUAUUUAUUUGAGGGGAAGGGUUUCCUGUAAGAAUCAGAUGGGGGUUUUCCAACGGCGCGUUAACAGACAGCAGACGCCGAAGCCCGCUGUAGUGUUGCGGCUGUCUGUCCGCCACAGACCGCAGCGCGUCCCACGUAGCGGGCGUGAGCGUUGCCGACGAGCCAGCUGCUAAGUCAGCUAACUUUUCAAGGCACUCGCCAUUCAAGCACUGCAAGCCGAAUGGCGCUAUAAUGCUUUUCCAAACGGCCUACGUAUGCGGGACGUAGCGUGUCGGCGUUCGGGGGCGCCUUUAUUUGGCUAGUUUUAAGCUAACGCGGACGGCAUCACCCGGGGGGGGGGGGGGGAGUCAUCAAUGACCAGCGUGACUGCCCAACGAGAUACCGAGCUAAUUUCUGUAAGCGUUCCCCACCCUCGAGAAUGUCCAAACGCGUGAGGAACGCGGAGGUGUGCGCAGACUGUUGCGUCCCAGAACCCCGCUGGGCCUCGGUGAACAGGGGCGUGUUGAUCUGCGACGAGUGCUGCAGCGUUCAUCGAAGUCUGGGUCGACACAGCUCCCAAGUUCGCCACUUGACGCACACGCCUUGGCCUCCUACGCAGCUCCAAAUGGUUCAGAUGUUGUACAGCAACGGUGCCAAUUCCAUCUGGGAGCACUCCCUUCUGGACCCGGCGUCCGUGAUGACUGGAAAACGCAAGGCCAACCCCCAAGACAAGUUGCACCCCAACAAAUCGGAAUUCAUCAAAGCCAAAUAUCAAAUGUUGGCGUUUGUCCACCGCAUGCCUUGUCGAGAGGAUGACAGCUCGACGGCCAAGGAUCUGAGUAAGCAACUGCAUUCAAGUGUUCGCACCGGGAAUCUUGAGACCUGCUUGAGGUUGCUGUCACUUGGAGCUCAAGCAAACUUUUUCCACCCCGAAAAAGGAAACACUCCCUUGCAUGUGGCAGCAAAGGCAGGCCAAGUGUCUCAGGCUGAACUGUUAACUGUUUACGGCGCAGAUCCAGGAGCCCCAGACAGCAACGGUAAAACGCCCAUGGAUUACGCCAGGGAGGCGGGCCACCACGACCUGGCAGAUAGACUAGUGGAGAUUCAAUAUGAGCUCACAGAUCGGCUGGCGUUCUACCUUUGUGGGAGAAAACCAGAUCACAAAAAUGGGCAGCACUUCAUUGUUCCUCAAAUGGCUGACAGCAGUUUAGAUUUAUCGGAAUUGGCCAAGGCAGCGAAGAAGAAGCUGCAGUCGCUAAGUAAUCAUUUGUUCGAGGAGCUGGCAAUGGAUGUGUACGAUGAGGUGGACAGGCGGGAAACCGAUGCAGUGUGGCUGGCAACACAGAAUCACAGCGCACUCGUGACAGAGACGACUGUGGUCCCCUUCCUUCCUGUCAAUCCAGAGUAUUCAUCCACAAGAAACCAGGGACGGCAGAAACUUGCCAGAUUCAACGCGCACGAAUUUGCAACUCUUGUGAUAGACAUAUUAAGCGACGCAAAGCGGAGACAGCAAGGGAAUUCGGUAGCCGGCCCCAAAGAUAACGUGGAACUUCUCCUGAAGAAUAUGUCCGGCAGGCCGCGCAGCGACAGCCAGGAUAACGACCAGCCCGACUAUGAUAGCGUAGCGUCCGACGAGGAUACAGACCAAGAGCUCCCUUCAAGUAAAGGAGACCGGACUAAGAGCCUGGAUUCCGACCUCUCCGACGGCCCGAUCACGAUGCAGGAGUACCUGGAGGUGAAGAACGCGCUCUCGGCCUCCGAGGCCAAAAUCCAGCACCUCCUGAAAGCCAACAGCAACCUGAGCGACGAGCUGCGGCUGAUGCAGAAAAAGCUGCAAUCUCUGCAAAGUGAGAACACCUCUCUUAGGCGGCAGGUCUCAGCCAAUAUCUAUCCGAACCCCAGCACGUCAGACUAUCCCGACCCCUCCGGCCCUUCAGCCCUGAAACGCCGGCAAUCUGCCCGGGCGAGUCGGCCCAUGUCCAUGUACGAGACCGGCUCGGGCCUGAAGCCCUAUCUCCUUAAAGGGGAAAGCGCUUACGCAGAGGAGGCCGUCCCCACCCUGCAUCCCUUCCCGUCUCAUAAGGAAAAAGGGGCUUUUGUGACCGCCUCUUCAUCCCUCCCCUCAUUUCCGUCCACCCUGUCCUGGUCCAAGGAUGAAAGUAACCUAAAGGCCUCCAAGUUGGAGAAGCAGAGCAGCAUGCCCGAGAGCGACUACGACAACACCGUCAACGACGCCGAGGCGGACGAUUCGGGCCCGUGCCGGAGAGGGAGGCUGAGGAGCGGCGCCGCCAUCCCCGAGCUGGACGACGCGGAGGCGGAGGCGGACCCGACGCUUCCCAGCACCGAGGACGUCAUCCGCAAAACGGAGCAGAUCACCAAGAAUAUUCAGGAGCUGCUGCGGGCGGCUCAGGAUAACAAACACGAGAGACCGUGCGAGCGUGAAGCCGUGCGCCGUCUCAGGCACAGUCUGGGAUGUUUCAGCACGCUGGUGCCCUGGGCUGAGAAGCCCCCCGCACCUCUUCAUCCGCUCAGCCCGCGAGCCCCCGAUCCCUCGUCCUGCUUCAUACCCUGCUCGGAAAGAAUACACAUGGCUGUAACAGAAAUGGCGGCACUUUUUCCGAAAAGGCCUCGCUCGGAAACGGUGAGAAGCUCCCUGCGCCUGUUGACGUCCAGCGCGUGCAGGCUGCAGGGCGAGUGCAGGAAGGCGGUGCCUCCGGAAGGCUGCCCGGGGCCGGACAUGCAGCUUGUCACCCAGCAGGUCAUCCAAUGCGCUUACGAUAUUGCCAAGGCGGCCAAGCAGCUCGUCACCAUCACCACUAAGGAGAACACCAACUGACGGCACUGCCAGGGCUGCAGCGCCGUCCUUGGCUUCUGUUUUGUUUUUAAUUCUGUGUUUGUUUUCAUAUUUGUGGUAUAUGCAUGCUUUCAUUUUAUGUUUUAGAUUUUGGCACAAACGGAUGGGCCUCUUUACCGACGAAUAGCACAAUUUUCAAGGUUAAUGCAGUGAAGAAAGUAAGUAUUUGAACACCCUGCUAUAGUGCAAAUUCUACCACUUAGAAAAAUCAUGGAGGGGUUUGAAAUUAUCAUUGGGGGUGCGUGUCCACUGUGAGAGAGAUCAUCUUAAAAGAAAAAUCCACAAAGCACAAUGUAUUAAUUUUUUUUAACGAUUUAUUUGUGAUACAGCUGCAAAUAAGUAUUUGAACACCUGAGAAAACCAAUGUUAAUAUUUGGUACAGUAGCCUUUGUUUGCAAUUACAGAGGUCAAAGGUUUCCUGUAGUUGUUCACCAGGUUUGCGCACACUGCAGGGGGGAUUUUGGACCACUCCUCCACACAGAUCUUCUCUAGAUCGAUUUUGCCGAGAAACACAGUUUCAGCUCCCUCCAAAGAUUUUCUGUUGGUUAGAUUUGGAGACUGGCUAGGCCACGCCAGAACCUUGAUGUGCUUCUUACGGAGCCACUCCUUGGUUUUCCUGGCUGUGUGCUUCGGGUCAUCGUCAUGUUGAAAGACCCAGCCACGACCCAUCUUCAAUGCUCUUCCUGAGGGACAGAGGUUGUUCCCCAAAAUCUCACAAUACAUGGCCGGGGUCAUCCUCUCCUUAAUACAGUGCAGUCGUCCUGUCCCAUGUGCAGAAAAACACCCCCAAAGCAUGACCCUACCACCCCCGUGCUUCACAGUAGGGAUGGUGUUCUUGGGAUGGAGCUCAUCAUUCGUCUUCCUCCAAACACGGUUUGUGGAAUUAUGACCAAAAAGUUACUGAUUGUAUGGAGUGGACAGGUCUGUUUAUGCAGCUAACAACCUCACACAGGUGCGUCUGAUUCAGGAUCAUACAUGGAGUGGAGGUGGACUUUAAAAGGUGGACUAACAGGUCUUUGAGGGUCAGAAUUCCAGCUGAUAGACAGGUGUUGAAAUACUUAUUUGCAGCUGUAUCACACAAAUGGUUAAAAAAAAAAUAAAUCAUACAUUGUGAUUUCUGGAUUUUUCUUUUUAGAUGAUCCCUCUCACAGUGGACAUGCACUUACGAUGAAAAUUUCAGACCAAUCCGUGAUUUGUAAGUGAGAGAACUUGCAACAUAGCAGGGUGUUCAAAUACUUUUCUUCACUGUAAGUUCUACAAUUGCUCUUUUAAAAGCACACUAGUAGGAAUGUUAUCCAAUACUGCAUCAAUUAAGCUUGCCCUCGUUGAUUGCACAAUGGAGUCGUCGUGAUGUAAAGAUGGCUAAUUUUUUUUAUUGCUGCCUUUCAAUUCUAAUUUCACACACACACUAGUGGAGCAUUUGUGGACUGCAAAAACUCAUUUUCUACAAUUUGCCUUCGGUGAAGCCCGUCAGCGGUUCGCUUGCCGCCAGCUCGUUCGUCACGUCGGUGAAUGCUCGUGUGGUCCGCCAUUUGUGAGAAACGUUGCAUUCAAGAUAAAGAUGUUUUUAAUCUGCGCUAUCAUGCAGUCUGUGUGCCACGACGGCGAUGGCAUCGUUCCGAAAAGUCGGAGCUAAAAACCAAGCGUACGUCCACGUGUUUCGUGCUCUGACCCCGUUUUGUGUCGUGCGACGUUAUCGGCUGGAGCUGUCAGUCUCGUUUCCCGAUUGUUCGGCACGACUUCGUGUUACUGAAUGGAGUGCAGAGCUGUACUGUACUGUAUAUGAUGCAGCCGAUCGAGUUGC